AGCUGCAGCUCUGGAACAGUUCAAGUCUCUUGGUGCUGAGCCUUUGGAAGUAGACAUAAAGGAAUCUGGAGAAGGACAAGGUGGUUAUGCUAAAGAGAUGUCCAAAGAAUUUAUUGACGCUGAGAUGAAACUCUUUGCCAAGCAAUGCCAAGACGUUGAUAUUAUCAUCACUACAGCGCUUAUUCCAGGCAAAAAAGCUCCCAUCUUGUUUAAGAAAGAUAUGAUUGAAUCAAUGAAGGAAGGUUCAGUUGUUGUGGAUUUAGCUGCAGAAGCAGGGGGAAACAUUGAGACUACAAAGCCUGGAGAAAUGUAUGUUCAUAAGGGUGUUACACAUAUUGGCUACACAGAUCUGCCUAGCAGAAUGGCUACUCAGGCCAGUACUCUGUAUUCCAAUAAUAUUAUCAAACUCCUGAAGGCUAUCAGUCCUGACAAAGAGAACUUCUAUUUUGAUCCAAAAGACGAAUUUGAUUACGGGACUCUGGAUCAUGUUAUUAGAGGAACUGUAGUGAUGAAGGAUGGCAAGGUGAUUUUUCCAGCACCUCCACCAAAUAACAUUCCUCAAGGAGCCCCUGUGAAGCAGAAGACUGUAGCAGAGCUGGAAGCGGAAAAAGCAGCUACUAUUACACCUUUUAGAAAAACUAUGACUAGUGCGUCUGUAUACACAGCAGGUUUAGCUGGCAUGUUAGGACUGGGCAUUGUAGCUCCUAAUACUGCUUUCACUCAAAUGGUGACGACAUUUGGCCUAGCUGGAAUAGUGGGGUACCAUACAGUAUGGGGUGUGACUCCUGCUCUUCACUCUCCACUCAUGUCAGUGACUAAUGCUAUCUCAGGACUAACUGCUGUUGGUGGGCUGGUGUUGAUGGGAGGAAACUAUCUCCCUGAAAACACUCCUGAAAGUCUAGCAGUGCUUUCGGCCUUCAUCUCUUCAGUCAAUAUUGCAGGUGGGUUUCUAGUUACACAGAGAAUGCUGGAUAUGUUCAAACGUCCCACAGAUCCUCCUGAGUACAACUACUUGUACCUACUUCCUGGUGGUGUGUUUGUAGGAGGCUAUGUAGCUGCUCUCAACGGUGGCUAUAAUAUCGAACAGGUGAUGUAUCUAGGCUCAGGCUUAUGCUGUGUGGGUGCCCUGGCUGGCCUGUCCACCCAAGGAACAGCUCGUCUUGGAAAUGCUUUGGGUAUGAUUGGUGUUGCCGGAGGUUUAGCAGCAACUCUUGGAGGCCUUAAACCCUCACCUGAAUUGUUGGCGCAGAUGUCAGGUGCCAUGGCGCUUGGUGGCACCAUAGGUUUGACGAUUGCUAAACGCAUCCAGAUUACAGAUCUGCCUCAGCUAGUGGCGGGGUUUCUGGCUGCUGUGCUCACGUGUGUAGCAGAAUACAUGAUUGAAUAUCCUCACUUCGCUGCUGAUCCAGCUGCAAACCUCACCAAGAUUGUGGCAUACCUUGGCACGUACAUUGGUGGCGUGACUUUCAGUGGCUCUCUUGUUGCUUAUGGAAAACUGCAAGGUAUCCUGAAUUCUGCACCACUGCUCUUGCCUGGUCGACAUGCAUUGAAUGCAGGAUUGCUUGCUGCCAGCGUUGGCGGGAUGGUUCCGUACAUGAUCGAUCCUAGUUACACUACAGGAAUUACUUGCUUAGGUUCUGUAUCAGCUCUCUCAGCCAUAAUGGGUGUCACUUUAACAGCAGCUAUUGGAGGUGCUGACAUGCCUGUAGUUAUUACUGUCCUGAACAGUUACUCUGGAUGGGCUUUGUGUGCUGAGGGCUUCCUACUGAACAACAACUUGCUGACCAUUGUUGGUGCUCUCAUUGGCUCCUCCGGGGCCAUCCUCUCUUACAUCAUGUGUGUGGCUAUGAACCGUUCCCUUGCAAAUGUGAUUCUAGGGGGCUAUGGCACCACUUCAACAGCUGGUGGGAAGCCCAUGGAAAUUACUGGAACCCACACAGAAAUCAAUGUGGACAAUGCAAUUGAAAUGAUAAAAGAAGCCAAUAAUAUUAUUAUUACUCCAGGUUACGGUUUGUGUGCAGCAAAAGCUCAGUACCCCAUAGCUGAUCUGGUGAAGAUGUUGAGAGAACAAGGGAAAAAUGUCAG